AUGGAUACCAAAAACACAUACGAGCUCUCCGUUCAAGAUUGUCAGGAAAUAUCGUCAGAAUUGGGGGAGCAGGCGACAAUUGAGGAUUACUUCAUCGACCCCGAGGAAGAAAAUGCACUUGUCAGAAAAUUGGAUAGGCGGCUACUGCCAAUGCUUGCGCUCAUGUACUUUUUAUCUGCUUUGGAUCGCUCCAACAUCGGCAAUGCGUACACCUCUGGUAUGAAAGAAGAUUUAUCGCUAACAGCACACGAAUAUUCCAAUGCAGUAUCAGUAUUCUACUCAACGUAUUUGGCUGCAGAACUGCCUGCCGUCUUGUUGUUGAAGCUUGCUAAACCUCGUUACUACAUGUCCGGGCUGGUCCUCGCAUGGUCUCUGAUAACCUUGUUUAGCGGUUUUGUACAAAGCUACAAAUCUCUAUUGGCCACAAGAGUGCUAUUGGGGGCUUUUGAAGGCGGAUUUUUCCCGGCAAUGACUCUGAUGAUCACCAUGACGUACAAGCCCGAAGAGCAAGCUAAGAGAAUAGCGUUUUUCUUUGGCUCAUCUGCCUUGUCGGGAGCUUUUGGAGGUCUCAUCGCCACUGGUUUGGCGUCUGUCAAAAAUGCUGGCGGAUUGGAGGGGUGGAGGUGGCUUUAUAUUAUCGAAGGCCUUAUCUCCGUGUGUGCUUCGGCAUGGCUAUUCCUUGGUCUUCCCAAUAACCUAGAAUACUUGACCUUUCUCAAUGAUAAAGAGCAAGCGAUUAUGGGGCUCAGGUCUAAGCAGCGUAUCCAAUACAUGGGCGCAAAUCCGGCUUUUAGCUGGAAUGAAGUCUUUCUAGCUCUCAAAGAUCUCAAGACUUAUUUUGCAUUUACGAUUCAAUUUUGUCAAGAUAUCAUCCUGUAUGGCUUUAGCACUUUCUUGACUGCUAUUCUCAAGCUGGGUUUGGGAUUUGACUCCAGAAAAGCUCAGUAUAUGAGUGUGCCGGUCUACAUCCUGGCCGCAAUUGUGUUUAUGAUUUCGGCAUAUUUGAGCGAUCGGUUCAAGAUAAGAGGCCCGAUAUUUUUCGCCUACAACUUGUUAGGAGCCGUUGGCUAUAUUAUCCUUCUUUCUGUCAAGAGCGACGCAGUGAAGUACUUUGCUUGUUACUUGAUAACGUUCUCUCUUUACACGGGGACUGGACUCAACAUCACUUGGCUUACCAACAACGUUGCACCACAUUACAAGAGAGCGACAGCUUUGGAAUCAGACCUUUGGAAACCUAUCUGGUGCUAUUGUGGGUCAGGUUUACACUAAAUCCCCCUAUGUUUUCGGAAACUCGUUUUCGCUCGGAUGCAUUGUACUGUCAAACAUUUUGACGGCUGUUCAAAUAGUCUGGUUGAUGAAGCUGAACCGGACCAAGGCUGCUAUCAGGGCAGGUACCAAAAAAGAUACAAAGAAGGAGAGAAUUGGGGACGAAGCUUUGGAUUUUAAAUAUUGCUUGUGA